AUGGCGUCGGAUAGUCCUCACACGGUUCCGAUGCUUGAGCGCAUCGCCACAACAAACCACGUCUUCGCCGAGCCAAGCAAGAGAAUACACGAGGGCGGAGAUGUCCAAUCGUUCUUGACGUCCAAAGCUUAUCGGGAUAUCAUGACGUUUCUGCUUCAACUCAAUAGAGCAAUGUUUCCUCGACUGACGGAUACCAGCCAGCCUCAGACAUGGCCACUGCAGUCUCAAGAAGUUGAUUUCUCUGAACCAGUGCGUCGGCUUCAGCUCUUGCUUUCGAAGCUGGAAAGUAUCAUUGACGAGGCGCCACCGGAUACGGGACCCAGGCGGUUUGGAAAUAUAAGUUUCCGGAGGUGGUAUGAGAUUGUCGCUGAUCGAGCACCACGGCUAUUAGACGAGGCGAUUUCCACUGAUAUCCUCAAUGCCGGGGAUUCUUCUACAUCAACAGCGAGGACCGAGCUCACAUCAUACUUGUUGGGAAGUUUUGGCAGUGCACAGAGACUAGACUACGGUACAGGGCACGAACUCAGCUUUUUGGCGUUUUUAGCCUGUGUCUGGAAGCUUAGUGGGUUUCCCCAAGCCGGACCAGGUGCGGAGGAGAGGGGCAUUGUCCUUGGACUGAUAGAGCCGUAUUUAGAGCUUGUUCGAAAACUAAUAAAAACAUAUACUUUGGAGCCUGCCGGCUCUCAUGGUGUAUGGGGUCUUGACGAUCACUCUUUCCUACCAUACAUAUUCGGCUCAGCACAAUAUUCCCCAGCCAUCUCCGAGGCUGAUGACACUCCAGUUGAAGGCUCUCUGCCAGAUGCCCCAUCUGCCUCCAGUGUGGUUAAAGUGCCUGUUAUUGAACGGGAGAGGGAAACAAAUCUCUAUUUUUCCGCCAUAGGCUUCAUUUACGAUGUCAAAAAGGGGCCAUUCUGGGAACACAGCCCGAUGCUAUAUGACAUAUCUGGAAUCCAGGCUGGGUGGGGGAAAAUCAACAAGGGUAUGAUCAAAAUGUAUAAUGCCGAGGUUCUUUCCAAAUUCCCCGUGGUGCAACACUUCCCCUUUGGAUCUCUGCUGAGCUGGGAUCGAGAUCCCAGUGCCGUUGCCCCUGCACCAACAGCACAUGCGACAGCAGGGCCACGGCAAUCAAAUCCGCCCUCCGUACAAACCUCAUUGCCGACUCAGUCCGCAGCCACUAGGGUACCAUGGGCAGGCAGUCCUCGACCAGAUUCUGGACCUACAGCAGCCCCAUGGGCAACAGCGCGGAAUCCUACAGCCAGAACAGCCCCGACCUCUUCAGCUACUCAGAUGCCCAUUCGAACGACAUUGCCAGAUACCUCAAGAAACCCCCCAGGCCCCAUGGCACCUACACGAGCACCCUGGGCUCAACCUUCCCAGUCUAACACGCAAAGUGGCACAUCGACAUCGCAGCCGACAAGAGCACCGUGGGCAAAACCCUCAUGA